GUGGUCAAGGCAGAAUUCACAAAACUGAAGCUUAGUGGACGUAUUGUACUCCCUGAUCACAUCGAAGUUGUUCAAGUAAAAUGGUGUGAGUUAGAUGAAAAUUCAAUUUUGAUAUUCGACAAAAAACACGGGGAUGUUACGAUAGAAAACACACCGGUCAGAGUUACGCUACCAGGCUUUCACACGAUUCAGACUGGAAAAGAGUUUAAUUCGUGUUUAGAAUUCAUAAAAAAUAAGAACACUGGUCAAAAGCAACUGAUAUUAAAAGAUAUCAAAGUCGAAGAAACUGUAAAUGUUGAUCCAAUCAUAGAGGAAAUAACAUUUAGUUCCGUUGAAGUAUUUCCAGGAUCAUGUGUGAUAUUCAGCAGGGCAAGUAAACAUUUGAAUGUAUCACGAUCGGUGGGCUUAUUUGAUUUAGGGCCGUACAUGGGAAUAAGACAGUACUUUGGUAGUGGUAUAAAAGUAGAAAUAUCAUCCAUUUAUAAUUCAGCACAUAGUCUGUCAAAAAUAUGA